AUGAACAAUGAGCUGCGAGGAAGGCGUGGGGCCGGCGAGGUUGCCGGGGGUACGGCGGCGGAAUGCACGGCGAUAUUUUGCUGCUUGCCAUGCACGGUGAUGAAUAUCGUGGCGUUAGUGGUGUACAAGGUGCCGGUAGGACUCUGCCGGAAGGCAAUCCACACGUACAAAGGGAAAACGCAACCGCAGAAGCUGAAGAAGGACAAGGACGUGUUGUUGAAUGAGAGGAGUGGGGCCAAGUGUAGGCCCAUUUACUACGUGGAGACCACGCUGGAGGAGCACCUGGCAUCGGAGAUGGCGAAGGAAAAGCUGAAGGAGGGGUCAGAAAUCAGGGAGAUGGAUGCCGAAACGUGGUCACCGUUCGACGGAACGGGGUUUUGGAGGAGUCACUCCCAAAAGGUUCAGUCCUGA